GGGUCGACGACAGUGACAGUGAGGCGAGGCGACAUGUCGGGCAGCAGCGCGAGUGUUAGUGUGAGCAGCGGAGACGAAUCGCUGGACGAACAGGAGUGUCCAGUGACCGAGGAGUGGUUGACGGCCGUGCUGGCCUCGCACCUCGACACACAAGUUCAGGUCGACAGGUUCACGGUGAGGCCAGGAUGUGACCAGGGCGAGAGUGUGCUCAGCGAUAUCCUGGCCGUAAACGUCGACUACACCGACACCGUUGCUUCACACUCGCUCAGCCUCAUAGUCAAGCUCCUGCCCCAGGACCCCUUCUCUCGGUACUUUGUCACCGAGGCUCAAUUCGAUCUCAGGGAGAUCAAGUUCUACACCAAGGUAGCUCCUGAUCUACUCAGAAUCCAGAAAGACUUGUUGGCAGAUGGAUGUGAAGAAAUAGAACUACCUAUCCCCAAGUGUCUGCAUGCUCGUUACAACGCCGACAAUGACUCGGUGGCUCAGUCCGUCCUGGUGCUAGAGAACCUCAAGGUACAGGGCUACUCCAGCUGUGAGUUUUCUCAGGGACUAACGCUACAACAAGCUCAAUCAGCACUAGAGGCUAUCGCAAGGCUACACGCACUCUCUCUAGUGCUCAAAGUCAAACAGAAGCUGGCCCUUGAUGAGAAAUACCCGUUCUUGUUUCAAACAGCUCGAGCAUCCGAUUCGUACCAGCAGCUGGUUGAGCGUGGAUUGCCACAGUUAGCACACUUCUUGCAGCGGCGGCCCGGUCUCGAGUCCGUGCUGCAGUGUCUCUCUGCCCUAACACCCAACACCAAGGACAUCAUUGCGGCCCUGCUGGCUCCAGAAGAGCCUCUAUGUCUCAUCACACACACGGAUUUUUGGUGCAAUAACUUACUGUUCCGCGAGGAUGGCCAGUGCGCAGUCCUCGACUGGCAGAUGGUCACCUACAGCCGCCCCACCAAUGAUGUGGCAUUGCUGCUAGUCAGCUCCCUGUCAACCGAGCUACGUCGCACCCACACAGAGACACUGCUGGACGCGUACUGGGCUGCACUCAACUCCUACUCGUCAAGACUUCAGCUUAACAUCACGGCCGAGCUAGGCUAUGACCGCCAGAAUCUGUCCAAAGAUUUCCGCCGCUCCCUACUGCUUGCUCUGCUGCUCUGUAUCGGCUCUGUGGAUGUAGCGUUGGGUGACCCACUCACAGAACAACGACUGCUCGAUGUGCUCCAUGACCUCCAUACUGAUGGGAUCCUCUCGACCGAUGUCCUUGACCAGUAAAAUGUGCCAAAUUCAGUGCUCUCUCUGUACUGAGUGACCAGUGCGAUCUGGGAUCAUCUGCAGGCUGUGUUAUAUAUUGUCCUAACAUUUAAAUAUUUACGGUAUGGUUAUAUAGGCAACAUUACUGUGUAAUGUGUGAUGCUAUGAUUGUGGUAAGAUUACAUUUUAUCGUAAUAUAAACCAUUAAAGUAAUCUAGUUGUA